AUGUUGCCCGACAGCGCUUCGCGCAUAGACCGUGUUCUCGUCCAGCUAGCAUCCUACAAUACCGCUCUGCAGGGCGUGCAAGGCGUUCCUCAGGACCUCGUCGACUGGUUGUCACCGACCCUCGAAGUUUCCAACUUCCUCGCGCGCGACCCUCGCGGUCCAGACAUUGUUGCUGUUGGCUUCCAGGAGCUGCUGCCUCUUCACCUUGGUCUUUCGGGGUUUUCGAGGUCUGUCAUCGAAAACAGGAAUGCCCUCAUUCUUUCGCAAAUCGAAGCCCAUGCUCCUGACAAGGGUCGUUACUCCUUGGUCGCCAAGGUUGUAAAUGUUGGUGUUGCUUUACUUGUUUACGCAAAAGACACAGGUAUUGCGCGCAGGGUGACUGAUGUACAGACUUCAUGGAUUGGCUGUGGACCUGCGUACAUGGGAAAUAAAGGCGCCGUGGGUGUGAGGUUCAGGGUUCAAAAUGUCGAUGCGGGCGUUGGAGAGGUCUACACUUUUGUGUGUGCUCACCUUACAGCCCAUGAGCCUAAACUAGCACAGCGAAUUGCGGAUUACCAUCAUAUCGUCCGCUCGCUGCUUUUUGCACCCCUCCCAGGCACCUCCACCACGUCACCGUCCACAAUAUAUUCUACUUCGCAUUUAUUCCUCUUGGGUGAUCUGAACUUUCGCCUGGCGUUGCCAUCCUCGCAUGCUUUGGCUGGUCCGGCGAAUCGUCUCAAUCUAGAAUCUGCACUAUCCACACUUGAAGGUCGCGAAGAACUCAAAGAGUUCGAUCAAUUACUGGUUGAGCAUCGUAACAACACUGUCCUUCAAGGAAUGAGAGAAGGUGAAUUUUGGCAAUUCAAAUGUAGCUACAAGUACGAUAUAGGAAAAGUCGAUCAUUAUAGCACAAAGAGAACUCCUUCGUGGACUGACAGGAUUCUGUACACUACUUACACCGACUCUCCCGAUACCCCAGACAAGACUGACAUUACCAAUAUGUUAUAUACCGCGAUCCCAUCGUACACGACGUCAGAUCACAAACCUAUUGUUUCCUUGUUACUCCUUCCGCCAUCCUCGCCAUCCAUAUCUUCCCCCUUAGAAACCAUUCCCCUUCUUCAGCACCGCCCAGACUUCUCACCGGACCGCUAUGCCACUCUUAAACGCUACACAGGCCGCACGCUUGACAGAAUUAUUGGCGUUGCUUGGUUGUUCUUGGUUGUCAUCGGUGCUGGAAAUGCGGUCAUCGGAGUCGGGAAUUGUUUAUUAGGCAUCGGCGCAUGGACUUGGUGGAAGGAGAAAUCUUCCUAG